AAAAAUUCUGAUUUUUAAUUUACAUAUGCUGAAAUUUAUAUUUUUACAAUUUCCAAUAAUUACAUUUUCUCAAUUUUUUUAUUUUACAAAUUCUGGUUUUUUUUAUCAUUUAUUUCAGAGUCCAGGUUCCAGACCAGACACAGUAACAACCCAUUUAGGAGCCGAUAUCCUUACUCGUCGUUGUCGAUUUGUUUAUGCAGUAGAGGAGAUUCAUUCUAGCAGAUGUUCAAGGCAAUUUACUGUCUCAGCUGAGCAAAAGGAUUACGAAUCUAUUGAAUUUAAUUGCAAUACAGUAACCGGCUCAGAAAAUGUACCUAAUGGAGUUUGUAAAAAAGAUGACAGGGCAUCUGCCCCUAUUUGUGGUCAAUUCGAAAACUUCAAUUAUACUGUUAUUGGACAGACACCUGACCCAAAAACAAAUGAAAAAAGUAUAUCUGUCAAUAUUACCUUCGAACCACUUCGAAGAAUUUUAAAUUUGAAACCAAAAUAUUAUGUGGCAUUGUAUGGAAAUGCUGUUGAUUAUAAAGGCAAUGAUGAGCGUUUUCUAAGUGGUGUAAAUAUGACAAAUGUGAUUGGCCAAGAAACUAAUUGUGAUAAACUUGGAGAGGAUAAAAUUUGCAAACAUCUUAUAUCAAACAAUUCAAUUAUUUUGAAUGGUCUAAAGAAAGGAAAUAAAUAUGGGGUAGUGUUAUGUGCAGUACUUGAUCCUCGUAAUUUAACAUUUCCUGAAGUGAAUACAACAGAUAAAUCUAUAAAACCAAAAGCUUUUGGAAUUUAUCUGCAAAAAGGGAAGCAUUUGGAAGGUGAUGAGGAAGAAAACUCUGAAGAGGAAGAAGAAAGGAGACGAAUUGAGGGAUAUAAGGCAAAACGAUUUAUCCGCUUUAUGAUUGGCGGUGCUGUUUUAUUAAUAUUUCUUCUGGUUGUCUCAGUCAUUGCCAUCUUCUUUUGGAUUCGACGUUCAAAGAAUCAACUAAAAAAGAAACGUGAAACUUUUGAGGCUAUGCGGAGGGAUAGAGAACAGAGAUAUAUGGACUUCCCUGCUAGAAAAGAAGAUCCAUGGGAACUGGAAAGGCGAAACCUGAUUAUUUAUGAAGAGAAAAAGCUUGGCGCAGGAGCAUUUGGAGCUGUUUAUUUGGGUAAAUUGGUUGGUAUUAGUCGAUUAAAGGCUGCAGGGAAUAAUUUAAGUAUAGGCCUUUUGAGAGCUGAAAAUGCACUUGUGGCUGUUAAAAUGUUGCCAGGUGUUUAUUUAAAUUGUAGGGUUACUGUAUCUUGA